CUUGCAUCCUAUCAAGCAUCGCAAGCAAGAAAUUGAUUUGAUUGGUUAAUAAUAUUUGUGAUCAACCAAUGGCAUGCGUUUAAACCUCGAUGGCGCAAGAAUUCGCACCUUCCACUCACGACGCCAUCAACGACCAUGUUGCCGCAGUUGAUGAAGCGAGCGCUCUCGCGUAGCGUGACGCAGACGUCGUCUGUCUUGCCUCGAUGCAUGCCCCAACUGCAAGUAGCAUCGCAGCAACGCCGCUCGUUGCAUGCGACACGUUCCCAGGAUAACGCCCUUGUCGUUGGAAGUCUUGGCGUUGCUGCCGCCGCCCUUGGGGGCAAGUACCUGCUCGAAGCGUACGAAGGGUACCAAGCCAAAAAAGCGUCGUCGCCGUCUGGAACUGGGGCUUCCUCGUCGUCAAGCGUGUUUAACAUGUCGUACCGCAACUUUUACGACGGUCCGUUCGAAGACAAGAUGACGCGACGAGAAGCCGCGUUGAUCCUGGGUGUCCGCGAAAGCGCCAGCCCCGACCGCAUCCGCAACGCCCACCGCAAGCUGCUCAUUGCGAACCACCCCGACACUGGCGGAUCGACGUUCCUCAGUUCAAAGAUUAACGAAGCCAAGGAACUCCUCCUUGGCGGCAAAUAGACAUCUCAUGCAUCCUUCAUGUCUGAC